AUGAGUGAUCGAGAUUAUUUACCUUUAUCAGCUGCAUUAGUUAAAACAUUAACUGAUAAACUCUAUGAAAAACGGAAAACAGCGGCACUUGAAAUUGAAAAAAUGGUACGAGAAUUAAUAGUGGCUCAAAAUUAUGAUCAAAUCGAACGAAUUUGUAAAAUUUUAAGUGAACAUUUUGUUCUAUCACAAAAUGGAAAUUUUCGUCGUGGUGGUUUAAUUGGUAUUGCAGCAUUAGCAAUUGCAUGUGGCAAAGAAGCACAAAGAUUCAAACAAUAUCUAGUACCACCAGUUUUACAAUGUUUUCUUGAUAAUGAUCCAAAAGUACGAUACUAUGCAUGUGAAUCAUUGUAUAAUAUAGCAAAAGUUCUUCGGACUGUAACACUUUCGUAUUUCAAUGAAAUAUUUGAUUGUCUUUCUAAACUUGUUUGUGAUCUUGAACCGACAGUUAAAAGUGGCGCUGAACUUUGUGAUCGAUUAUUAAAAGAUAUUGUAAUUGAAACUUGUACUCAAUUUGAAGUUAUUGCUUUUAUUCCACUUCUACGUGAACGAAUUUAUGUUCGUAAUGCAUUUACUCGACAAUUUAUUGUUUCUUGGAUAUCUUUACUUACAUCUGUACCUGAAUUUGAUAUGGUACAAUAUUUACCAGAAAUUAUGGAUGGAUUAUUUCAUAUCUUAGGUGAUCCUAAUCCAGAAAUUCGUAAAUCUUGUGAAAUAUUAUUUAGUGAAUUUUUAUCCAUUCUUAAAUCAUCUCAAGUUCAACCGGAUAUGUUCGAAGAUAUGACAAGAAUUUUAAUACAAAAUUGUCAAUCAUCAGGAGUAACAUUACCACUUUUUACAACUAUCAAACCAGAUGAUGAAUUAAUUCAAUAUACAGGCUUACAUUGGUUACGAGAAUUUCUUAAUAUGCCAAAAUGUCAUCAAGUACUUUUACCACAUUCAGCUGGUCUAUUAUCAGCUGUACUUCCAUCAUUUUAUUUAAAACUAUUUUUCUUAACCAUCUUCAACACACAUUCGAGAGACUGCGAAAGAAAUCAAUUCCAUCUUACUUUACCUGAUUUAACAAUAACAAAAAUGGUUGAAGUACUUAAAACUCAGAUUCAAUCCGGUGCUUCAUUAUCACGUAUCAUUGCAUUAGGUUGGAUUCAUCAUUUAUUCGAAUGUCUUCAAGAUAAAAUGGUUGCACAUAUCGAUGUUUUAUUUCCAACAUUAUUUCGUGUACUCAACGAUGCAUCCGAUGAGGCUGUACUGAUAGUUCUACAAAUUUUUGCAUUAAUAUCAACAUCAAAUCGAACAAAUGCCGAAAGAAAUUAUAAUGAUUAUUUUACAAAAUUUAUUAUUGUACUUAUGGAUUUAUUCCGUACAGAUCGGGGAUUAUUAGAAGCUCGUGGAUCAUUUAUUAUUAGACAAUUAUGUAUGCUUCUUUCACCUGAAGACAUCUAUAAAACAUUAUCGGAAACAUUAGCUAAUGAACCUGAUUCACAUUUUGCUUCGAUAAUGGUUAAAAUUCUUAGUUCAAUAUUAUUAACAUCAACAGAAUUACAUGAUUUACGAAUUAAAUUAAAAAAUUUACAAUCAAUAGAAAGUUCGAAUUUAUUCGUAUGUUUAUAUAAAACAUGGUGUCAUAAUCCAAUAGCAUUAGUUGCAUUAUGUUUUCUAUCACAAAAUUAUGAUCAUGCUUGUCGACUUGUUCAAUUAUUUGCAGAGAUUGAAGUCACAGUUGAUUUUUUAAUUGAAAUCGAUAAACUUGUACAACUUAUUGAAUCACCUAUAUUUACAUAUCUUCGUUUAGCACUUUUGGAUGUUGAAAAUAAUCAAACAUUAAUCCGUGCAUUAUGUGGUUUAUUAAUGUUAUUACCUGGUAAAACCGAAGCAUUUCAUACGUUAAGAAGACGUUUAGAAUGUGUACCGAAUUUUAUUGAUAAAUUUACAUCAAUUGAUAAACGUCUUGCUAAUGUAUCAAUAAAUACGAAUGGAAAUGAAAUAAUAAAUGAUUCGCAAAAAAAGAAUAUUAAUUUUGAUGAAUUACAACAAUAUUAUUUAUCAGUACAGAAUAAACAUGUGGAUUCUAAAAAACAAAGAUAUCGAUAUGUACCAAAUACAUCCGAUGGAGUAUGA